AUGGAUAUGCACCCUGAGAGUGAUGAGCCUAGGGCUACAAGGGGACCAGGAAGGCCUAAGGCUGCAGCCAAGGAACCAAAAAAGGCAAGCGGUACUUCAUCUGGAUCUUCUGGAAAGCGUAGACGUGGAAGACCUAGGAAAGUUGACACUGACAAACCUGAGGCUACAAGGGGACCAGGAAGGCCUAAGGGUGCAGCCAGUAAAGCAAAAAAGGCAAGCAGUAGUUCAUCCGCCUCUUCUGGAAAGCGCAGACGUGGAAGACCUAGGAAAAGCGAAGCUGCCAGUGGAACGAAUUCUAAGCCGCUAGUGACCUGUGCAUUGUCCGAGUCUCCUUCAGCAAAUUCUGGACAAGAAUCCAUGAAUUGCCCUGAAAUCAAGAGACCCGCGCCCGGAGUCUCCGCGUCGGAAACGGACGAGUGUGGGAGGACCGCGUUGCACCGGGCGGCAGAGGACGGAGACCUGGAGAAGAUUAAAGAGCUGCUGGACAGAGGAUGGGACACGAGGGCAAGGGACGGAAGGGGACGGACGCCCCUCCACUCGGCCCUGGGCAAGGAGAAGGAGGCCGCGGCGGAGCUCUUGGCGGACGCGGACUGCAUCAUCGACGUCCAAGAUGAGGAUGAAUAUGUCCCUCUGCAAUUGGCUGCAAUGAAAGGAUUCGUGGGAGUCAUCCGGAGACUGCUCGCCGCCGGAGCGGACACGCGUUCUGGAAGUGGAGGAUACACGCCCCUACACUUUGCUCUCGACUUUAAGCGGAAGGCUGCCGCGGAGCUCCUGCUCGAUGCGGACUGCAUCACGGACAUCGCAAACGCCGAGGGCCGCACUCCUCUGCAUCUCGCCGCCGGGGCGGGAUUCGUGGGCGCCGUCCGGAAACUGCUCGCCGCCGGAGCGGACACGCGCGCGGAAGAUGAGGUCAGGCGGACGCCCCUCCACUAUGCCAUGUGCGAAGAUACGGAGGCUGCGGCGGAGCUCCUGGCGGGAGCCGACGGCGAGAUCGACCACCCUGACGAAGAAAAGGACACUCCCCUGCUUCUCGCUGCGGGAUGCGGAUUCACUGGGGUUGUGAGGAAACUUCUGUGGAGUGGCGCUCGUCCGGACCGGAACGAUGAGGGAUGGGGUCCCCUGAAUGAGGCUUUAUUUCAUCGACGAGAUGAUGCAGCGAAAGCGAUCCUCGCCUGGUGUGCCUUGAGGGGCGUCGCCCUGAACUGGGGGAAUUGCCUCGAGGAAGACAUUGAGAGCUGCAUCGAGUUCCUCCCCCGAUGCGAGGCGGAGGUCCGGCGGAUGAAGGACGCCCGUGUCGCCCCCGGAUCGCGGUGGUCCUACUUGUUAUGUACAGAAUAUCAAACGCCAUUAGCGAAGAUAUCUGACAUAUUCUAA